CUCUUCUUCUAUCGACCACCAUCCACACGCCAUCAUCCAAAUCAACAUGUCUAGAACGCGCACCCCUUCACCUCCCCCCGCCCUCCAAUCCAGCAGCGGCAACCACAACAACAAGAACGGAAUAAGAUCCGAUGGCAAUACAGCUCAAAGCGCAGGAACAGCCUUCUUCCUCCGCGAACGUCAACGUCUCGUGGCCGAAAUCGCAGAGUCCAUCGGCCAGAUCCUCAACCACAGCAAUGCCCUCAAUCGCAAGCUGGAAGAGUCCCUCCUCGUCGGUCACGAAUUCGAGCCGGUAGCCAGACUAUGGGGCAAUUUCGCUGCGAGCAUGGGCGGGUCGCUUGACCCCAGCAACAUCAAUUCAGACACUCAGCAACAGCAACAGCAACAUCACGACGACAAUGGCGGAGACGACACGGUGCUCGAGCAUCGCGACGAAGGGGCACAGUCCACCAAUCAAGCCAGCAGCGGCGACGCCCUCUCUCAAUCUCAAGCGGGUCAGACACAGGCGCAGGCGCCAGGGCAGGUGCCCGUCGCUCCUGGCGGAGGCAAUUGGUCUACGGUCGCCUAAUCGACGAUGCCGGAAAAAGGGGUAUAGCUAUUCAAU